AACUACUUUGGCGACGAGCUGUAGUUGACGAUACUGGUCGAUUGUUUUGUCUUGUUAAUGCAGAUCUUUUGGACUUUGACGUCAGUCAGGAAGCAUUACGUUUACUUGAUUUUUUAACGCAAGGACGAUCCAAAUAUCACUUGGUCGUAAUAUGCAGUAUUGAAAAUGAUAAAUCAAAUAUGGUGAGAACAUUAGAUCCCUAUCGUCGCUCAUUUCCUCCACUAACGUCAUUGGAAGGCGUCCAAAAAUAUUUGAAAGAAAAACUUGUUUGUAAAAAUCAACUUAUCAACAAGGCUUUCAUGCCAGCGACUAUUGUAGAUGAAGAAAACUCAUGUGUGCGUUUUAUCCAGUCAUCUAGAGCAGGAAUGGGGAAAAGUUUGAUUGUAAAACGUCUGACUAAACAAUUAGAAGAAAGUCUUUCAAGCACUAUAAAGAGAAAUUCCCGAAAUUUCCAAUCAUCAUUGUGUUGUACUAUCCCAGUCCAUGGAGUGUGUGUUGAGGGCAAUUCGAUCACUCGUCACCUUCUUUCACAUGCUCCAAAAAGAGAUGCUCCUGUUUCAAGAAUUUUUCAUCUAGACAUUUCUCAAUCAGUAUCAAAAGGACUUGAUGACUUUCUUUUUAAACUGUUGAUCCUUGGAUCUGUCAAAGAUAACAAUGGAAAUAUUUGGCGAAGAAAAACAACCGAUUUGUAUAUUGUUGAACACACAACUGACAAGACAUUUGCGAUGUUAACAUCUGAUAAUUUUCCUACGAAUCAAAAUCCGAACUCACGAAAUCGACCGUCAAGUGGCAAGUAUUCGUUCAUGAAGUUUUUACCACGUAUCCAUUGUCUUUCACCAAGGGAAACAUUAAGAAAUUUGCAAUUACGAAGAGAUGGAGAUACGAGCUUCGACAAAGAGGAAUUCAACAGUGAUGAAUAUCAACGAGCAUUCCAAUAUUUAUUGCAUGUAUCCACUGGUGCUAACUUGGACAAUUUUUCAUUUAUCAAUGAUCCUCGUGUUGCUGUAAGCGAUCCAAAUAACGCGUUGACUAUUUUAAUCCAAUACUGUGGAAUACGCGAUCCAUCAUGGGCCGAGCUUCAUCACUUUGCUAACUUUUUGAAUGUUCAACUCCAUGAUUGUGAGGAAAGUGUCUUUUGUGAUACUAACUUGGUUGGAGAUUUGUUGCAAGGUUUCAAGACGUUUGCCGUGCGUUUUAUGAUCCAAAUGUCACGGGACUUCGCUACCAGAUCGCUAAGUGAUCGCAAUUUGGGUAUCGAUGAUGCUGAUGAGGUGGUAAAUGACGAUCUAGAGCCCUUUCAAAUACGUCGACGUUGGGAAUUAAGUCCGCAUCCAUAUAUUUUCUUCAACCAUGAUCGUCACAGUAUGACGUUUCUGGGAUUCUUGUUGAAUGAUAACGGAGACUUGCUGGACCCUGGAAAUAGAACUAUUUUAGAACAACGUUUGAUGCCAACCACUUUAAGAGGUCAACUGAAAGUGCAAGGAGUAGAUUUUGAUGUAAACUACGAAAUAAGUGGACGUGAUGUGAGGAUUAACGACUUAUGUCAGGUCAUGGGUAUUGAUUAUCCUCAUGAUCCUGAUCCAACGUACGAGCUUACCACUGACAACGUUGAGAAAAUUUUGGCCAUUCACAUGAGAUUUAGAUGUGGCAUUCCUGUCAUUAUCAUGGGAGAAACGGGUUGUGGUAAAACAAGAUUGAUACGAUUUAUGUGUCAGCUUCAGGCUGGACUUGAUGGACCAAAGAACUUACUUCUCAUGAAGGUUCAUGGCGGAACAAGCUACGACGAAAUAGAGAAGAAAGUUGCCGAGGCGGAAAUUUUGGCUUUAUGUAACCAAAAAAUAAAUGUUGACACAAUUUUGUUCUUUGAUGAAGCAAAUACAACAGAUGCAAUUGAUCUCAUCAAAGAGAUAAUGGUUGAUCGACGAGUGAAGGGACGAUAUAUCGAUCCAAAAUUGACUAGUCUUCAUUUUAUUGCCGCGUGUAAUCCAUACAGGAAACACACUGACGAGAUGAUUAAAAAAUUGGAAUCAGCUGGUUUGGGUUACCAUGUUUCUGCUGACGAGACUGAAGAUAAACUAGGCUCCAUUCCUCUCCGCCAGCUCGUGUAUCGUGUCCAUCCUUUACCUGAAAGUAUGCGACCUCUUGUCUGGGACUUUGGUCAGCUGACAGAUCACACUGAAGAACUAUAUACCAGACAAAUAGUGAAGAGAUAUGUGACCACGCCUUCAAUAAUACCGACAUCUGCUACAUCCGAUGAAAAAAUAAGUGGAAAUGAUGUCCAAGCUUCAUGUAUUGCUAAAAUUUUGUCAUCUUCCCAAAAAUACAUGCGGAAACAAAAGAACGAAUGUAGCUUUGUCAGCCUUCGUGAUGUUGAACGAACAAUGACAGUAAUAAACUGGUUUUACCACAAUUAUGAUUUAAUAAUGAAAAUUGUUAAUGAUUCUCACCGAGAGGAAUAUGAUUCCAGUGACAGUGAAGAAGAAGAUGAGGAAAGUUUGCCUUUAAAUCGUAUUGUGUUUUCCAUCGUCCAAGGUAUUGGUGUUUGUUAUUAUGCACGACUAAAUGAAAGACAUGCGUAUUCCCGGUACAUCAGCAAGUAUUUUGACAAAUCAUGCCCACUUCCUGGAGGUGUUAAAAGGAUGGUGGAUGAAAUAGUAAAGUGUCAACGAACGUUUUUGCACGAUGUGGAACUUGGCCAGAAUAUUGCAAGAAAUACAGCACUUUGUGAAAAUGUUUUUAUGAUGGCGAUAUGUGCAGAACUACGAAUCCCUUUAUUUGUAGUCGGUAAACCAGGCAGCUCAAAGUCUCUAGCAAAAGAUGUAAUAUCAACCAACAUGCAAGCUGGAAAUUCUAACAGCGAACUGUUUAAGAAUUUGAAACAGAUACACAUGCAAUCGUAUCAAUGCAGCCCUUUAUCUACACCUGAUGGCAUCGUCUCCAUCUUUAAACAAUGUUCCCAACUUCAGAAAGACAAAGAUUUGAGCAAGUUUGUCUCCGUAGUUGUGUUAGACGAAAUUGGUUUAGCUGAAGAUUCACCAUUGAUGCCACUUAAGACACUUCAUCCAUUACUUGAAGACGGUACAGCCACUUCUGAAGAAUCUGGAAAGACACUUGAUCAUAACCGUGUAGGUUUUAUUGGUUUGUCAAACUGGGCGUUGGACCCUGCAAAAAUGAAUCGUGGAAUAAUGUUGAGUAGAGGAGCCCCAAGCCAAACUGAACUUCUGGACAGUGCAAGGGGUAUAUGUUCUUGCAAUGAUGAUGAUAAUAUUGAAGGAAUCAUGAAAAAGUUGUGCGAAGGAUAUUUUGAUUUGUAUGAACAGCAGAAAGUCUCCAAAACUCUAGAAAACGCUCAAAAAGACGAAUUCUUUGGUCUGAGAGAUUUUUAUAGUCUUGUAAAGAUGGUAAAUGGAUCAGCUAGAGUUACUAAUGAUGGUGCUUGGAUUGGUGAUACUAAAUUAGAGCAGUGCAUCAGAAGAAAUUUUAGUGGUUUGGAUGAUGUUAAUCCUGUUGAAAUAUUUAGUCGACAUUUCCGAAGGCUUAAACAUAUAAAGACUCCUUCACCGGAAUGUCUUCCCGUCAGUCUUAUUCAAGACAGUUUGGGUAGAACAGAGAAUGAAGGAGAAAGCCGUUAUUUACUUGUUUUGACUGAGAACUAUGCAGCAUUGAGAUUACUACAAGGCAACAACUUUCAUAAGCACGAGCCUGAAGUGAUUUUUGGCAGCAGUUUUCCAAAAGAUCAACAAUACACACAGAUUUGUCGAAAUAUAAAUCGUAUUAAAGUCUGCAUGGAAACAGGAAGAAUGGUGAUUUUACUUAACUUGGAAAGUCUCUAUGAAAGUCUUUAUGAUGCUUUAAACCAGUAUUACGUGUAUCUUGAUCAAAAAUACGUCGAUCUAGGCCUUGGAAACCACAGAGUCAAGUGCCGUGUUGCUGACAAUUUCAAAUUGAUAGUGAUUGCUGAAAAAGAUGACGUUUACAAACGCUUUCCAAUUCCUCUUAUUAAUCGUCUUGAGAAACAUUUGCUGGUGAUGUCAACUGGCUUGACUGAACGUCAAACUGAUUUGGUUGAAGAACUUGAGAAGUGGGUUGCAAAAUUGUCCAAAGCAAAGAACGAAUAUUCAUCACAAGAAAGUUUAUUUGGACCAGGUGAUUGUUUUGUUGGUUAUCACAGUGAUACAGCAGCUACUGUGGUGAUUCAAAAAUCUGAGUAUGGUUACUCUGAUUUUAAGAUACUUGAAGAUUCAAAGAAAACCCUUUUACAAUGUGCAUCUCCUGAUGCAAUUGCCAGACUCACAGUAUCACAGUUAAAAGACAGAGCCAUUGAAAUUCGUAGGGAAUAUUACCAAAAUCAACACCACGGAAGUUUGAAGGAAUAUUUAGUUCAUUGUUUUCAAACAAAAGGCAGCACAGCAGACAGUGGCUCUCUCGUUCAGAUAACCACCCACUCGCGACUUUUAUCGGAAGCAAAUGCUCGUGCUAUAGCAGCUGAAGCUGGUUUCCUAGGCUGGCAAUCACGAUGUGUAAGUCUUCAAGAAUUUCAUACGGAGCAACAAUUUGUCAAAACUUUGGACGAUUUCUUCAUCAAACUUGGAGGUGCUGAAGGACUCCUAUUGGUGCAGUGUGAUGACGGGGAGAAAAAUUCAAAUCUUAUUGCAUGCAGUCGUUAUCUUGUUGAUCAAACACGUCGUACAUCUUUGGAAACGUUUGACCCGAAACCCGUUCAUAUUAUCUUUAUCAUCCAGUUGCCAAGAAUUGCAGGUGGCUGUCAGCAUUUUGUGGGAUUUCAAGGUGGAAAAUGGCGAUGUGUCCAUAUUGACGAACUUCUUGAGGCGAAUGAAAAGUUACCGCAAAUUGAACUACUUGUUAAUCGAUCUGUUAGUGAUCUUUUUAAUUUAAAUGUUUCCUCAAAUAAAAUCUUGAUCUCGGAGACAUACGACUAUCACUAAAUGAUGACCUUGAAUCACCGACAGACAGUGAUGUGCAGGUAAGACUAACCUGACAAGGUUCAAUAAAAAUGUUGUUUUAUACUCUCAUGCA